AGCAAUUACAUUUAUUGGUUGGUGUGUCUGAAGAUUGCAUCGUAGUUACGCCAAUGGGAAAUAAUACAAUUAAGAAAUUCAGUUACAAUCCAAUCUAGAGAACGAAAGCAGGUGACAGAUUUGUGGCUUCUGUAUAUGAAAAACGUGCUUGCCAGUCUCGGCUGCACAUGCUAACAGGACGUGAGAUAUAUUUCUUUGUACGCACGUAGAAUGUAAUGAUGGAAUUUUGCGCGUUUGAGAAAUUGUAACUUCAGAUCAAUUUUCUCAUAUCGGUGAGACCAAUUACAUCACAAUUAAUUGACCGCUGAAAAUUUAAGACUUGAGUGAAAAACUUGUUAAAAUUGUAAGCGAGAUGCGCUUCAAAAGGCCAGUCUCAGUUAUUUUAGAUGCAAUUGCACGUCGGACAUUACGAGAACUAUUGAGGAUUACUUGCAUUUUUCUGUUCACUCCAUUCAUCGUUAUCACUCUGGCCCCUUUAUACAUUUACCGUCGUCUGGUCGAAAUCGUGCUGAAAAUUCAGUUUGGGGGCAAGUUCGUCGGUUUUUUGAAGGGCACGGAUUGCAUAUGGGCCAUCGAGGACACCGUUUCUCUGUCCGUUAUCAACACCUUGAUGAUACUGGAGAAAACGGCUCGGAAUACAAACGCGAUUUUCCUGCAGGAUUUUAGAAAAUUGCUGAAUCAUCGUAUCGUUUCAAGAGCUACCGGUACGACGCUUGAGAAGUUGUUCUAUCAGCGAAGCCAGAAGUUCGGUUACUACUUCUGGAAGAGGAACGACGAGCUCGACCUGGAACAACGGAUCAGGUGGUUGGAGUGCGAAGACAUUAAUUGUGAUGGAUCUUGCGAGGAUGUCACUAGUGAAACCUUUAGAAGAAAUUUGGGAAACGCGUGCAACAAACCGUUGCCCGACGACCAUACAGCCGCAUGGGAGAUCCUCGUCGGCAGACGUUGUGCUCGAUCCACUUCUCGUUAUCUUCAGCAUGUUGAAGAAGGCCGUUCGUCGCCCGAGGAGCGUUUUAACACUGACGUUCUGAAGAUCCCUGUCAUAUUUCGCGUUCAUCAUUCCCUCGGAGAUGGAGUGGCUCUUUUAGGCCUAUUGCUCAAAGCAAUCGCCGAAGAGGACGAAGCAAAAGUGGCGAAAAUCGAAGAUGAUAUUAGAUCAAUAAGCAAAAAUGGAAAAGAAUUCAAGGAGAUUAUUUCACCGUCGUGUGACUCAAAGAGGAAUUCCCAGGAUAAAGCGGAGAUUACGCGAUCUUAUCAGGAGGAUAUUCUGGCCGCAUCCAUGCCUUUUACUUACGUAACAUCACGAAUUUUGAGAGAUAUACGGAACCAUUUUCGUGCGUCAUUGAAACUUUCUGACAGCAUAACGAUCGAUUUGAUGAAGCAAGUAAGAGUAUCGAUCGAACGUACGUGGUUGAAUUUUAAGAAUACCGUAUUGAAACGAUCGUAUAAAAGAAUUGAAGAAGCCGCGCAACUGAUAACGAUUGCUCUUUCUGCUCCCGAGCGCUUUAUCCAACAAGCUAUUCGUAGUAUGGAUGAGAACGCUCUCCAUGGUCCACCUCAAACAGGUAAAAAGAUAGUGUUUUACUGGUUGGAAGACGUCACGAACGACGAAUCGCAGAAACUUUUGACGAAAAUUCGCGAGAUAAGAAGGAGCACAGGCACCGGAUUCGGUGACGUGGUGUUGGCAGCUUUUUCCGUUAGCGUACACAAGUAUCAUUUGCGCAUUGAUAAACCAGUACCUGAAGCAUUAACGGCUAUCCUGCCGAUAAGAAUGGCGAUGCCCGACGAAAAUAUGACGCUGGACAACAACUUCUCGGUCGCUCUCCUGCGAGUUUGCAUCUCCAGCGCGAACGGACGAACGAUGCUCGAGCCAAAUGAAAAUUCCCAAUUCUUCGAACGUCUCCGGGACAUCGCAAGAGCGAGUAACGAGCUCAAGAGGAGUCCCGACUCGCUGCUCAAUUUCUGGUUCAUGAAAUACCUAUCGGCGAUAUUGCCAGUGAGGAUUACGAGAGCCCUUCUCUCGAGCCAAAGCACGAUGGUGUUCAGCAACAUGUACGGACCGCAGAGGGUUCGUAUCCUGGACAGCUUGUUGAGCACUGUCGCUUUUUGGAUACCGAACAAGAGUACAACCGCCCUCGGCUUUUCCUUGCUAAGUUACGGAGGCAACGUACAGCUAUCUUUAAUGGCUGAUGAGUCGAUAAUAGAAAACGAGAGAUCCUUUAUGGAAAUUCUGGAAGACACCGUGCAUGAAAUACAUGCUGCAUACAAUGCUAUCACACUGAUGCAUCUUUCAAAACCAGUAAACCUUCCGGUAGAAACACCCACGGAAGAAGGAAUCGGCGUGUUUUAAGGAAGGUUUCUGAGCUGUUACUGGAAAUAUUUCAUCUAUUUUACACUUGUGAUAUGUGAAUGCAAUCAAUAAUCUAAUAAAUAACUAAAUACUAGUAAUUAAGCACUAGUAAGUAAACAAUUAAAUUAACAUGAAUAUUUAUACAAGCGGCGCAAUAUAUUUAUUAGAUAGUAUUUCUAGAUUUUUUUACAUGAGACGAGCGAUUUGCAGAUUUACGACAGACUUUUCUAUAAAUUUGUUUUCAAGUUGCAUUUUAUAAAUAAAGGGCUUUUUCAGUAA